AUGUCGACGUCAUACAAACAGACAAUCAAUAAAAACUUUAUCAAGGUAAAUAGUAUACUUGAAAAGAAAUUGAGAAAGUUUUUAGUUGGUCCAAAGAAAGGUGAAACAUUUGAAUUGAAAAAUGCAUUAGUAUCUCAGUAUAAACACGAACGUAAAGAUGCCAUUCAAAGAGUUAUUCAAGCAAUGACCGUUGGUAAAGAUGUUUCUUCCUUAUUCCCCGAUGUAUUGAAAAACAUUGCCACUUAUGACUUGGAACAAAAGAAGUUAGUCUAUUUGUAUUUGAUGAAUUAUGCCAAAUCUAAUCCAGAAUUAUGUAUUUUGGCUGUUAAUACCUUUGUUCAAGACACUGAAGACCCAAAUCCAUUGAUUAGAGCUUUGGCAAUCAGAACUAUGGGAUGUAUUAGAGUUGCUAAAAUGGUAGAAUAUUUGGAAAUUCCAUUGCAUAGAACAAUAGCAGAUGAAAACCCGUAUGUCAGAAAAACCGCAGCUAUAUGUGUGGCAAAAUUGUUUGAUUUAAACCCAGAAAUGUGUGUUGAAUAUGGUUUCUUGGAUGAUUUGAAGAAAUUAUUGGAAGACUCUAAUCCAAUGGUUGUUGCCAAUGCUAUUAAUGCUUUGCACGAAAUCAGAGACAUGAAUACAGAUCCAAACUUGACUGUCUUGGCAUUGAAUAGAGAAGUCAUCAAUAGUUUGUUAUUGUGUCUUAAUGAGUGUACUGAAUGGGGGAGAAUUACAAUUUUGUCUACCUUGACUGAGUAUGAUACUAGUGAUCCAGAAGAAGCAAAUCAUAUAAUGGAAAGAGUUAUCCCGCAAUUGCAACACGUUAACCCAUCAGUUGUAUUGAGUUCCAUCAAGGCUAUUUUACACCAUUUACAAGCCAUUCCAGUUACAGCCCAAAGAAACACCAUUUUGAAGAAGUUGUCUGCACCAUUAGUUUCGUUAGUCAGUACUUCAAUUCCUGAAGCACAAUACGUUGGGUUGAAGAACAUUAGAAUAAUCUUGGAAAAGUAUCCAAAUGUGUUCUCCAAAGAAUUAAGAGUGUUUUUUAUAAAAUAUUCCGACCCAUUGUACUUGAAAUUGGAAAAAUUAGAAAUCAUGAUCAGAUUGGCAAGUGAACAAAAUAGUGCUCUUUUGUUGGGAGAAUUGAAGGAAUAUGCUAUGGAGUUUGAACCAGCAUUGGUCACCAAGGCAAUCAAAUCUAUUGGUGCUGUUGCAAUUAAACUUCAAGACAGUGUUGUUAAAGCUGUCAAUCUUUUAAACGAAAUUAUUGAUGAAAGAGGAGGGGAUUUAAUUAUCAAUGAAGCUGUUGUUGGAUUGACCAAUAUUUUAAGACGUUAUCCUGGUAAGAAUGAUUUAGCAACCUUGAUUAUUCCUAUUAUUUCUAACCACGUUGAUGAAUUGGACAAGAAUGAAGCUUUAUCUGGUUAUAUCUGGUUGUUGGGUGAGUAUCCAAAAUACUUUUCCGGAUUGCACGAAAAGUUGUCUUCUUUGAUUGACUCAUUUUUGGAAUAUGAUUCUAUUUUACAAUUGAAUAUCUUAACCACAGUUGUGAAGAUCAAUUUGGAAUUACCAGGCGGUCAAUAUUCUAAUUUGUUGCAAAGAAUUUUGGAAUUGGCCACUAAAGAUUGUGAGAAUGCCGAUGUUAGAGAUAAAGCAUACAUCUACUGGAGAUUAUUAUCAUCAUCAUCUACUGAACAACAACAGAAAAAGAUUGUUUUGACCAAAUUGCCACCAAUUGAAACUACAAUUUCAUCAUUUAGUCCUGCACUUUUGGAAACGUUGAUGAAUGAAUUGACUACAUUGUCUUCGGUGUAUUAUAAACCAGCCAAGAGUUUUAUUGAUCCAUCAGCAUAUUCCAGAGUUCCAGUUGGAACUAAAGACAAGUCUAGAAUUGAAGAUUUGAAGAAUAUGGCAAAAGAAGAAAUUAUCAAUCACUCUAGAGAUGACAACUUACUUGACUUUGAUGACGAUGAUGAAGGUGAUGCUGAUAACGGUGCUACUGGUAGUGGAAAUGUUGGUAACUUGUUGGAUGAAUUGAAUGAUCUAUUCAGUACACCACCACCACCUGGCGCUCCUCAAAAUAAUGAACAUCAACAAAAUGUCCCUUCAUCUACAAACGAUAUCUUGAGUUUGUUCAACACUAUACCCCAACAGCAACCAACACAACAACAACAACAACAACAACAACAAUCUACACAUGGUUUUGAAAACUUAAGUGUUUCUGGAAACUCAACUACUAGUAAUAAAAACUCGAAUAUCAAUAAUGAUCUUUUGGAUCUUUUUUAA